AUGCGUGUGGUUGGUGGCAAAACCGGUGCUGACGGCAGACUUUUUGCCUAUAUUGUUUGGACUGUGCCCGGGGGACCAGCUGAAAAGAAUGGCUUACAGCAAGGCGAUAAGAUACUGGAGUGGAAUGGUAUGUCAUUAAUUGAUCGCAGUUUCGAAGAAGUUUGUUCUAUUAUGGAUCGUACUGGUGACAUAGUUGAACUUUUGGUGGAACAUGCAACAGAUUUUCGUAUGUGUGAUCUUUUCGAUGAGAAUUUGCCGCCUGGUAAUAGUGGCGGACAAAGUGGCCCUCGUCGUUCGGGCGAUGGUCCUGUAGGAUUGGGUCUCAUUGCUGACCCCGAAACCACAACAGACAAAUCACCGGCAUCUCCGACUAGACGGAAACUACCCAAAACUCCGGUAUAAAAUAAUUUAAAAUUAAUAUCUCAAAUUUUAAAAGAAUUUUUAAGAAAAAGAAAACAUGUGGCUAAGGCUAUAGCUGACAAAAAAUUAAAAAUUUUAAUGAAAAGUUUUUGAUGGAAUUUUAAGAGAAGCAAGAGUCUUUG